AUGAACUACAAACGCUUACAAAUUCUAUUACGCCAAUGUAAUACUCUUGAAUUCCUGAAACAAAUCCACGCUCAAGCAGUAACACUUGGAAUUCUCCACCAUCACCAACCUUUUGCGUGCAAAUUACUUAACUCGUACGCCAAAUUGGGAACCUCACAGGAACCCAACACACUCUUUAGUCAAAUUCAAAACCCAGAUAUAGUUUCAUGGACAUGUCUCAUUAAUCUUCACGUGCAAGUUCGAGAACCCAGAAAAGCUUUGUGGGUAUUUUCUCGUUUAAUUUGUAGAAAUAUAGAACCUGAUAGCUACUCUGUUGUUGCUGCUUUAUCAGCUUGUAAAUGUAUAAAAGAUUUGGCUUGUGCUAGGAUAGUUCAUGGGAUAAUUGUCCGGUUUUCAUUAGCGUUUGACCCAAUUGUGGGUAAUGCGUUGAUUGAUAUGUAUAGCAAGAAUAAAGAUAUUGAAUCGACUGAGAAAGUUUUUAAAUGUAUGGAAUGUAAAGAUAUUGCUUCAUGGAAUAGUUUGCUUAAUGGGUUUGCAAUGGUCAAUGAUUUGGAAUCUUCUCGCCUGGUGUUCGAUGAAAUGCCUCAGAGAAAUUCGGUUUCUUGGAAUGCAAUGAUAACGGUCUUAUGUUCGAGGGAGGAAAUAGUUGAGGCAUUGGAACUUUUUAGGGAAAUGAAAGCAGGAGGAGAGUGUUGUACGGUGAUUACUAUUGUGGCUGUAUGGUUACUUGUUGAGGGUCAGAGAUUGUUCAAUAGGAUGAACAAAUUCUAUGGUUUGCAACCCAAGAUUGAGCAUUAUGGUUGCAUGGUGAUCUUCGGCCGAGCUGGGCUUUUAGAAGAAGCUAAAGAUUUUAUUGAACAGAUGCAAUCAACCGGAUGCUGUUAUUUGGAGAUCAUUACUUAG